GGAGGCGGCUCUUUGCGCGGCUUCCCACGCCGCGACUGCGCGUGGCAGCGCGGAAAGGGCGGCUUUCUCCGCGUGGGGUGCUUUGCCGCGCAUUGCGUGGCCGUGCAGCGCGGUGCGGCGGCCUCACGCUGCGUGGCGGGGGCGGCGGGGGGUCCCCGGUCCGCCCGUGCCCCCGCGGGGCAGCGCGGGAGGGGCGGGCGCCGGUGUCCGCGGGGCGGGGAGAAGCGAAGGGCAGAGGCGUUUGUCGGGCGUGGGAUGCACGGCUGCUGCGGGGCCCCGGCCCCGCGUCCCCCCGGGCGCCGCCCGUCCGGUGUCCGGCCCGUCCCGCUGUGAGGCCACCACCUUCCCAAGGCCACCCCGCUGUCCUUCUUCUCGCCCCUCUCACGCGUGCUGGUGUCGCUCACCCCUGCCCGUGGGGAGGGACGUUCACCGCAUCCUUUCUGCAUCCCCAGUGCUCGGGGAACCGGGAGGAAAUCGCCCGCGGACAAGUCUGGGGAAGGUGGGUGAUGAGAUUUGGGUCUCUUCUGGCGCAGGCUGGCUGCCGUAGCAAGGCUUCGGCGACGGAGCUGCUGUCACCGUGCUGGGGCCAGAGCUUGCUUGGUUUCAGGAGUGAGGCCGUGUCUCAGUGCUGCAUUGGAGGUCUGACAAGGAAGGCCAAACACUUAAUUCAUGCAUCUCUCAGCUUGCUUUUAAUAAGGGGAACAACCUGCCUUAUCUUGCUUACCUGACCAUUGAUCAGAGAGGCUGCUGUACGCUCAGUCACAGGAGAAGAGAAAUCUGCGCUCUGGAGGGGCCGUGAAGAAGAUAAGUUUCCAGGUACUUUUGCCACUGCAGUCUCUGUAAAGCUCCUGUAUUACUCAGUGUUCCUUGGUCUACCUCUUCUCUCCCAAGAUGCUGAGAAGAGUCCUGUGUACAGUGUUGUUCAUGGGAGCCUUGCCAUCACUGGCUGAAGUGUCCCAAGGCCACAUCUCAGUGGUGUUGCUGGGAGCCACAGGUGAUUUGGCCAAGAAGUAUUUGUGGCAGGGUCUAUUCCAACUCUACAUGGACCAAGUGAGCAGUGGCCACAGUUUCACCUUCCACGGGGCUGCACUGACAGCUCUGGAGCCGGGGCAGAGACUGAUGUUUGAUGUGCUGAAGAAGCUGGCCUGUCCCCCGGAUGAACCUCCCAAUAGGUGUGCUGUGCUCAAGGACCAGUUCCUGAAGCUGAGCCAAUACCACCAGCUGAAGACUGCCGAAAACUACACGGUGCUGAACAGAGAGAUUGAGACACUGCUUCGCGAGGAGGGGCUGAAGGAGGCUGGAAGGAUCUUUUACUUCUCAGUACCACCGUUUGCCUACACAGAGAUUGCCCGCCACAUCAACAGCAGCUGCAGACCACCUCCAGGAGCCUGGUUGCGUGUGGUGCUGGAGAAACCUUUUGGCCAUGACCUGGAGUCAGCCCAGCAGCUGGCUGCAGAGCUGACAAGCUUCUUCAGGGAAGAGGAGAUGUACCGGGUGGACCACUACCUUGGCAAACAGGCUGUAGCCCAUAUCCUGCCUUUUCGAGAUCAGAACCGACAGUUUCUGGAUCCAAUCUGGAACCGACAUCACGUGGAAAGAGUGGAGAUUGUCUUGAAAGAGACUGUGGAUGCUAAAGGCCGCACCAGCUUCUACGAGCAGUAUGGAGUCAUCCGGGAUGUGCUGCAGAACCACCUCACGGAGGCCCUGAUGUUUCUGACCAUGGAGCUCCCAGCCAACGUGAGCAAGGCUGAAGAGGUUUUGCAGUGCAAGCUGCAGGCCUUCCAGUCCUUGCGGGGCCUGGAGAAAAACAAUGCCGUGUUGGGUCAGUAUCAGGCAUAUGCCAGCCAAGUACGGGAGGAACUGCAGAAGGCACAGGACUACAUCAGCACAACACCAACCUUUGCAGGUGUGCUGAUUCACAGUGACAACCUGCGUUGGGAAGGGGUUCCUUUCCUCCUCACUUCUGGGAAAGCUCUGGAUGAACGGGUAGGUUAUGUCCGUGUUCUCUUCAAGAACCGGGCCUACUGCACUCAGAGCGAGACUCUGAGGGAUGCAGAGCACAGCCAGUGUAAAGCCAAGCAGAUCAUCUUCUACAUCGGGCAUGGCGCACUCAACACCCCUGCAGUGCUUGUGAGCAGGAACCUUUUCAGGCCUGUCAUGCCAGAAGGCAGUUGGAAAGAAGCAGUGGGUCAGUCAGACCUGCACAUUUUUGGACAACCAUUGUCUGAUUACUACAUGUACAGCCCUGUGAAAGAGAGAGAUGCAUAUUCUGUCCUCAUCUCCAACAUCUACCAUGGCAGGAAGGACUUCUUCAUUACCACCGAGAACCUGCUGGCCUCCUGGGGAUUCUGGACACCGCUGCUGGAUAGCAUUUCCCAGCAGCCCCUACGCCUCUACCCUGGGGGAGUGGAGAACCAGCACCUCUUAGACUUUGAAAUGGUGAGUGGGGAAGUGGCAUUCACGCUGGCAGAGCCAGUAGAACUGCUGAACCCCAACAGGCUGAUGCCAAGUGAUUACAGCGCAAUCCAGUCCAAAUUUCGGCAGAGUCCCCUUGUCUCAGCAUGGUCUGAGAACCUGAUUUCCCAGCUGGCUUCUGACAUCGAGAAGACAGCAAGUAGGGCUGUGGCGCACUCUGGGAAGUUCCACCUGGCCCUCUCAGGCGGCUCAAGCCCGGUGGUCCUAUUCCAGCGGCUGGCAAGACACCAUUAUGCCUUUCCAUGGAAGCACACCCACAUCUGGCUGGUAGAUGAACGCUGUGUCCCUCUCACUGACAUUGAGUCCAACUUCUUCAGCUUGCACAAGCAUCUCCUCCAGAGUGUCAGGGUGCCCUACUUCAACAUCCACCCUAUGCCUGUGCACCUGAACCAGCGGCUCUGUGUGGAAGAGGACAGAGGCACAGAACUGUAUGCCAAGGAGAUCUUGGCCCUGGUGGCCAAUGCUAGCUUUGACCUGGUCCUGCUGGGGGUGGGCACUGAUGGGCACACUGCCUCGCUCUUCCCCCAAUCUGAAAAUGGCUUGGAAGGGGCUCGGACUGUGGUUCUGACCGAAAGCCCUGUCAAACCUCACCAAAGGAUGAGCCUUAGCCUACCCCUCAUCAACAAGGCCAGGCAGGUGUUUGUCCUGGUUUUGGGGAAGGGUAAGCAUGACAUCGUGACCCUGCUCAGCAGGGUGGGCCAUAAACCAAGGAAAUGGCCUGUCUCGGGUGUCAGCCCCAGCUCUGGCCAGCUGGUGUGGUAUGUGGAUUAUGAAGCUCUGCUUGGGUGAUGCCUUCACAGUGUCCCUCCUCCCUUGUCUGCGUGGCCCUUACAGCCUGGAUUUUCCUACACAAUGUCCAUGUUUUUCUGUUGCCAGCAGCAGCUUCAUCUCUGACAGACUCCUCUAACCUUCUGGGAAAUCCGUGGCCUGCAGUGCCUCUGACAUUUGAGCCCGGAAAGGAACUCAACGCACCAUUCAGAGCUAAGUAGGAGCCAAGAGCCCAGUGCAGUGUUUCUGGCUCUGCUAGGGGUUCUGACUGUGUCUUUGGACAAAUUACCUCACCUUGAAGUGCCUCAGUUUUCCCUGUCAGGCCUUUGUGUUUAUUAGCAUUUAACUACCUCGCAGGCGCUACGGGAGACUUGUUAAAUUAAGUACCUGCCAAAUUUAUUAUUAUUUUUGUUUUAAUUCUCAGGCUAGAAGACAGUAAUAACAUGUUCAUCCUCUGCCUUGCUCAGUCUGGCUGGGACAGAGUCGUCAUCUCAGUAAAAUGAAGGUUCUGUGCCCGCGGGUCCAUAGGCUAUGGCUGUGCUCUCCUGGAAGCAUAGACACGCAUUUGCUUUUGUGGCAUGUGGCCCCUAAAUGCUCACACUGAUCUGUGAGCUCAUGGCAGUCCUGAGUCUUUGCAGAUUGCCCAGCAGCAGAGGCUGAGUUUAUAAGCAGUAAUUUGCUGCUUUCAUUAAGUGGAUAGCUGAUACCAUGGGGGAUGGAGAAGGAAGACAUAUUGCUUUUUAGGCUGUUCGAAUAAUGGGGACAGGGUGAGGAAUAUGGCAGUUCACAGGGCCAUUAUUUGCCUGCAGUGCAACAAUUACUGAGGGAGAAGCUUGGUGUUGAGAGGAGUUGCUUGGUUUUAGCUAGCAAAGAAAUGGUUUCUUUAACCGUCUGUCUUUGUCUUUGUCUCAUUCUCUGAAAUGAACUUUUCUCUGUCUUCAGAAUUGAAGCUUGCAGUGUCAUUCAGUGGCUUAUAAAAUUUCUGCAGGAGGCAGCUUUAUAAACUAUCAAUGUAUCUGUUAUUACAGCACACAUUAAGGUAGUUACAGUGUUUGCAGAUGGUGGUGGUGGGGUUUGAACUCAAGGACACUCACUUAUCAGAGGAGGGAAUUUUCUCUGUACAUAUCUCGGGCACACAGAACUAGUAAAUUGCAUCUCUCUGACAGGACAACGUUAAGUGCUUAUAGAAAUGUAUAGUGCUAUUGCUCACAGGAAGGGUUGGAGACAUCUAGUCCUACCUAGAGACCCCACUCUCCCCUUCCUAAUCUUCACCUUCCCAGAAUGCUGCCAUGCACAAUGGGUGCGUCUCUGCUUUCAUGAUAUCCCGAAAUGCUCCGUGAUCAUCUCCAAUGGGUAAUUUACCACAGCAGACCAGAGUACAGCUUUUGGUAAGGAAAUCAAGACAGCACAAGAUGGGAGAAUCUGGGCUGAUGGUCCAUGUGGAGGCUAGAGACGAACCCACUCACCCAGGGUGGCCCCAGGAUGGGACAGACCCACUGCAGGAAGCUGGGGGUGGUACUGGAUGCCAGCAGGGAGGAAUCUGCAUAGGAGCGGAGGCCACUUUCAAGGGAAUUUCUCUCUUCUUCCUGUGAAAUCUGGCCCUGUUUCCACAGAGAAGUAGCUGUUUGUGGGUGACCAGGUGGAGAUGGUGGGGUCUGAGGUGACCCAGGGACUGAGGGGCCCGAACGCUGACAGGAGAUGGCGCCCCGACCCUGAGCAGCAGCCGUCAGUUGUGUGCUGGUCUUUCAGCAGGGCUGGUCUGAGGCUGUGCCUGGCUUGGCCGCCCUUCACAGCGCUGGAGCCUCACAAGGGGAAAACAGGGUCCUCAGGAGCUGGACCUGGGAGUCUGGUGACCCCUUACAGACCUGAAAGUCUGCGGUAUAGGGAAGGAAGGAGGCUUUGCUUUAGAAAGCUGGGUGUCAGGCAUUGGCUUCAAGUCCUUCCCUGCGCAGGGGUCUGCAGAAUCCUAGGGAUGAAGAUGCAAAUCUGGGUACAAAUAGGUGCUGUGGUCUGAUAGCACGUGGAGCAAGGCGGGCAGGUCUACGCUGUACGGCCUGUGCUCCCAGGUUCCCAGGAGUUGUUGCCUUUCAGCAUAAUGCUUAUCUUAAUGCAGAAAUCAGAACUGUUGUCCUCUGCUAAUUGCACAGAUAAAAGUGCACUGAGCGAGCUCUAGAGAGCCCGUUACUAGGCAGAGCCAGGGAGAACAUAACGUGGCAGAAGCUAUGUGCAGCAGAAAAAGGCCGAAAUCUAAGGGACUGGCUAUGAUUUCUGACAGGCACCCUCCCCCACCUCGCAGAUGGUCCAAAAAAGCUGCAUUUUACAUAUUGUAUUUGACUAAGCUGAGUUGCACUGAUGCGCAUCCCUUAGCUUUAGCGUGGGAAAGGAGGGGAGUUGUGGUGGUGUAGCUUUCUGAAGAGCUCAAACACAGAAGAGACACAAGUGCCUUAACUGGUCUGGUUUGACAGCCGGAUGGCUGGUUAUCCAUCUUUUGUGGGUGUUCGUGAACAGGUUUGCUCCUGCCUGUUUCAUGGUUACAGCCAGGCUUAACGACCAGCACAAACACCAAAGAGUGAAAAUAAAUCACGGGAAGAGAGGAGCAUAGAAAAGCGGGAGGAGGGUGAGCGUUGCAGGUUCCUUGCUGCAGGACUUGCUUGUCAAGUGGAUGUGCUGACAGUGGAGUCUGGAAUAAGAGCAUACGCCUAGGAGUUAACUGGAAUAAGUCUUCUGGAAUAGCUCUCUUCGAGAUGAGUGCUAGCAAACACUGGCUCCAAAAUAUACCACAGUGGCUGAAACAGCUGCGCAGAGGAAGAUGUUUUAGGUCUGGUAUGUCCAUAAAUUCAAACAUCAUUUUUCAUUUUUAAACAAAAAUAGCCAUGUUAACUUCAUUCCAGUUCUUUUGUAUUUAGUGUGAGGGAACAAGUUUUAAUGAAAAAUUGACCUAGGUGAGAAUAGAGACAUUGUUAUGAAUGACAGAAUUUAUUGCUACUUUACAGAUGACUGUGGUAUUGUUGUUUUCUUAUUUCUGCACACUUUCUCGUUAAUAUUUGGCUGUCACCCUUUGAAAUAAACACUGAAUUUAGAGAGGGUUAUUUGCACUUUUAAAUAACCAUGUGGUUUUUUUCCCAGAUAGCGGCUGUUCUUGCCAGCAGAAAAUAGAGUUCAUUUGCAAAGUCUCUAAUCGGUCACCCCAAAAUUCAUCUGAAAUUUUAUUAAAAUCCAGUAAAAGCUUACGCAUGUUUUUCUCCGUGAACAUCGCUGUCUGGGUUGCUUGGGUUUGGUUUUUUUUAGAACUGGGGUGUUUUUUUACUUUUUACACAGACAUUCCUGUUAAACUCUUUAAUACUGAAGAUUUGCCAAAUGAAAAACAAAUAUUCUAAAAUACAUAAAAUUUGUGAUGGGCAAAAGGGAGGCUGCAGAUGGGAAGAAGGGUUAAAUGAGCAACAAAUCUGAUGAGGAAGAAUGGUAGAAAUCCACUGGGCUAUAGGCCAAGGAAGCAGGGCUAUUUUUAUUUUGUGAAAGCUAUUAAUAGGAGGUGUACACCUUCUUGAGAGCUUGUAUUAACCUUUCUUUGCAAAAGCAACUCCGUGGAGUAACUUCUUAUAGUCUGUUUCUCCCAUAAGUGGUUAUUGAUACCAUUUUCUUUUUAAUGGCAAGUGUGUUCCUAGAAUUCAAUGGUGUGAUUAUUUUUUACAUUUUACAGAAAACUAACACUGGAAUUAAUGAAUUUUUCACUUCAACUUUUAUAAAUCAUGCUGUAAAAUCUUAUUUUCCCAUGAGUAAGGUUUUGUGAUUCCUUUCAUGUUGUGUAAUGAACAGAUAAUUAUAUUUAUAAAAAAUAAAUAGUUUUUAACAA